CCAGGAUCUGUCUCUGAGCUUCGAGCUACACGCUGAGUCUACUACCAGCGCUGCCACUGUCCCGCGAUGUCAGCGGACCUCCCUCCCACCUACACACAGGAGCCAUCCGAGGCCGACGCGCAACUCUCGGACGACUCGGAUCUCAGCUUCGUCUCCGCGCAUGACGAGCAGCCCCCUGCAGCAGCUCUGAACGACGCGGACGCGGACGAUGCGAACGCGGAGUUAGGAGGAGGGAGCGCAGGGCCCCAGAUCCUCAUCAUCCCCGUCGCCGACGGCGGGGUGCACUUCCAGAAGGGCUACCUGGGCGCAGACGGGGAGCGCGCUGCUGUCGAGGGCGAGCUGCAGAUCAAGAGUGCCGACGCAGGCUUUAGGUGGCGCAAGGUGUCCGUGGCACUACGAUCCGUCGAGAGGGCGCACGGGCGGGAGAUCGAGCUCGCCAACACGGAAAUCGUCCUGGCUAGUUCCCCUGACCCUAGUCCUCAACAGCGUUCGAGCUUCCCUUUCUCGAUACCCCUUCCCCUGGACACUCCGCAAUGUCUACACACGGCAACAUCGUCGCUUGCAUACUCGCUAUCAGCGAAUGUCUGGCCUGCCGCAGGAGACGCAGACCCUCUGCGCCGAUCGCUUGUCAUUCAUACCCGACGGUACACCUCGCACACUCAUGACCUCCAUCCGGUCCCAGAGACGCGGGUUAUCACGGAGCCGAGCAGGGUCGAGGUCCAACUCCCGAGGACAACCUUCAAAGCUGGGGAACAAAUUCCUGUCUACAUUACGGUGCCCACGCCGUCUGCGGACUUCGUGGUGGAACAAGGCCAGCGUCUUCGCAACCUACGGGCGGAGCUUGUGCGCGUCAUCAACGUGAAAAAGAACGAGUCUGAAGAAGGCGAGCUCGACGAGGACGACUUCGAGAAUGGCUCCGAGAAUGGCGGCCAACCCUCAUCGCUGACACAAAAGACGGUGCCUGGGCCUUCCACUUCUCGCACACCUCCCGACUUUAUUGUGCGGAGAGGCGAGCGCGGAGAGCGGAAGGUGAUAGCUCUCUCGGGCGCGUCGUGUCGACUACAUCCCUCUCGGCCGCUCCGGAUCCGACUUGUCUUGCAUCAACCUACCGAGCCGCCUCUACCUGACUCUCCACGCCAUCAACCUUCCACAGAAGAGGCUUACUCUACAAGUUUCGAUGCAGAAUGCGCAUACAUUACGCAGUCGACAGUCCUCCACAGCGUCUCGUUCCGCCUCCUCGUUCACGCCACCUUCGUGCGAAUGUCCAGCCACACCGAGCGCGUCUCAACUGUAUCCAUACCAUUACUCAUCUUACCACCCUCAGCACCACUGCCCGAAGUCGAGCCAUCUGUCGACGCGGCUUACAUCAAGAAGCACGACCGCCCUCCCACGCGGACAGUCAGGCUGGAGGACCCUGAGGUGCCGCAGUACGAGGCGGGGCCAAGCGCAGCACCAGGCGCACCGCCCCCCUUCGAAGAGCGCGAGGCCCCACCGCCCUUCUGGUCCGCCGAGGCCGAGGCGUCCACGUCCUCCCGCCUGCCCACGUUCCUCGAAUCGGAGGCGUCAACAUCACGCUUACCGACCUUCCUCGAGUCCGAACACGAGAUCUACGUCCCCCCUGAAGAGGACCCGUCUAUUGCGCCCCCGCCUCCCCUGCCCGUAUCGGAGCUCGUGUUCGAAGGCGAAGGGUCGCUGUUCGGCUUCACCGCUGCGGACCAGUUCGAUGGCUAUGCAGACGUGCUGGACCAGCGGUCCUUCACGCCCCCGCCGUCGCUCGAGAUGGCGACGCACGACGCGAACGUCACCGGGCUCGCGAACAUGGACCUCGACGAGGGCGCGGCCAUAGAGGCGCUCGGCCUCGCACUCGAGCAACAGACCAUCGCGCUCAAUACUCAUGGCUUGAGUGGGGAGAACAACAGUGUAGGAGCGGUGGACGACCACUUCCUGCCGCCGCCCCCACCGCCGAUGGACGACCCGUCUGACCCGCCGCCCUCGAUCGAUUCUGCGGAGUUCAGGGCGCCUGGGGCAUUGCAUGACAGCCCGCCCCGAGCACAGAGUCCGCAGGGGCAUGGCAUGGUCCCUCCGCAGACACCCGAGGACGAGGGGGAAUCCCAUGGGCACGCCCCUCCUCCGUACAGGGUGCCGGAUCACGACCAUGAACAUGAAGACGGCGGCCACGAGCGGGUCACACAUCCUCCGCCGUAUAUGGAUCUCGUGCACAAUUGACUGCUCUGUAUGCUGUUUCUUGUUGUCGUCUCGAAUGUGCCCCUUAGAGGAAGUCCAAGUCCCUGUGUUGUGUCGUUAGUAGAACCGAAGCACAGAAGCUUUGGACAAAGACUACCGGUGUAUUUCCUUGCAAAUAGAACCACAUAACCAAUCUCCCGU